AGUUAAAUUAGAGGUGUGCAAGGUAAAAUACGAGGUAAAAGGGCCAGGGAGGGAAAAAAAAGCAGGUGAAUGAGGGUGCGAGAGAGGGAAACAUUACCUGCAGCCUCGGUCUCGUGCACCUCUCUCACCUGGGUUACCUGAGGGGCACAGGGCCGCGCGGCACCACCAGCCUCCCGAGGGGCGGCGGAGUGUUGCCUUGGCUUAUGCAAACAAUCAUUGGUGUUCCUCUGUUUCCAUGACUCAUUAUCUUUGUCUCGUAGAUCUGAGGAGGAAGCUUGACUAGCGAGACGCGAGCGGUAAUGACCCAGCGUUUGUGAGGUGUUUCGUUGUGCUGGUGAGCCGCGGUGUGCGGGAGUGAAAUGUUCCCUGGUGUCGGCGUGGUCGCCAAACUGCCGCUGCUGCUGCCGUGUGUGGCGUGACCUUUGUAAGGUGAAGGCAGUGGCAGCGUCCCGCGUGGCUGAACUGCUUUGUGCGCCAGGAAUGCUGACUGUGGUGGUGGUGGUGGUGGUUGAGGCGGCUUCUCGUGCUCACUGAGACGAGGCGCACAGGCAGACAGUCAUGGAAGCCGUGAACAACGGCGUGGAGGACUCCUGGAGGGACGCGGAGGGGGAAAUACCGCACCCAGUGGUGGUGGUGCUGGGGGCCGACGGCGACGAGUACUGGUGCAACACGCCGCCCCCGGAGGUGAACAUCACCAUGUGGGGCACCCCCAGCGGCCCCUCCAGCGGCUCCUGCACCCCCAACACCCGCUCUCCUUCCCUCAACUCUUUCUGCUCCGAGGCCUCGUGGAGUGACGCCGGCAGCGACGACUCAUCGGUCUUCAAGUCCAACGGGGACCGAUCGCGUCACGCCUCCACCGAGGUGUUGUCCGACAGCCACGGCUUCCUGAAGGCGGCGCCGGAGCGGCUGUGUGCCUCGCAGGACCAUCUCAACACCGGCAAGGCCAAGGAGCGGCACCUGCCACGCUCACGCCAGUACAAGACCAAGGAGAUUGUCAGGGAGCGCUCCGCCUCCAUUGUGGAGGAAAAUCGCCGCGAUGCCUCCUCGGACUCCAAGGUGAAAAAGUUCAUAUCCAGGAUGCGCUCCCACUCCCACCAUGAGCUGCUGCUGCACGGGCGGAGCCGCGCCGGCUCCCUUGUCGACGCGGAGAAACUCGAGGAGUCGCUUGACCCAGAGCCUCGCGAGGUGCCCCCCGCGGCCAUCAACUCUCGUCUUUUGGGCCGCUUCCGCAAACAUGGCCUUGACCUCAAGAAGAGGCGCUGGAGUGCUUGGGAUGAGAAGGUGCACAUAUUCCGGAUGCGUGGUCAUCGGAAUCACGAGGAGGAUGACUCUGUCCCGCCCCGGCCCGCGGCGCCGGCCCCCGCCGCCCCUGCGCCACGGAAGGCAGCCGCUGUCCUGAACAAGCCCCACCUGACCCGCACUCGCUCCAACUCCGAGUCCGACAUCAUUGUGAACAAGAAAAAGCGGAAGCGACGCUUCUUGGCAAAGGACUCGCGCGUGAGGGACCUCCUGAUGGAAUUCCACUACCGCAAGAAGCGCGGCAGCCUGCCCUCGCUGGAUGCCGAGGAGCAGCGGCAGCAGCAGAAACAGGGGGAGGUGCCCCGCAAGGAGGGCUUGUCCGUCAGAAGGGACGGUCGUGCCCUCUCGUUCCACAACCUCACAGACUUUGCUGUGGAUGAUUACUUCGGGGGCGACACUCCGGGGACGCUCUCCGAGGACGAGACGGACGGGGACCGCUCCCGCCCCGCCCUGCUGGAGCUGGACGCCCACCCGCACCCGCACGGCCGUGACCGCCGCCCGCGCUUCUCCAUCGACAACAUCCUGAAUGUCAUCAGGGGGCGCCGGCUGUCACACGAUGUUGGGGCCGCUGGGCGUCACGUGACAGAAGCGGUGGUGCCGUGGCUGCGGGGCAAGAGUCGCAGCGUGGAUCACAGCAUCCACAAUCCCUUCGACUUGGAUGUUCUCAGAAAGAAGAUUGGGGAAAGGACAUCCUCCGAGCCCUCCAGAGACACGCGCUCCCCAUCUCCAGGUAGGUGACAGGGGAAGGGGACACGGCGGCGGGCGG